GGGGGAGCGCGACCGUGGAGCACCGCGAGCCUAGUCGCAGCAGCGAGGGCGCCGCAUGGCGGGGUAUCAGAAGUCAGCUUGGUUCUUCCUUCAGUGUCAAAGGUUUCACACUACAGUAAGCAGGUACAAAGGCAAAACAGCUACAGAACAUCUCUGGCUGAUGAGGCAAUUGAAAGACCCAUUUGUGAAAGCUGCAAAAGUGGAAAAUUACCGUUGCCGAAGUGCCUUCAAACUUCUGGAGAUAAAUGAGAAGCAUCAAAUUUUCCGUCCUGGGCUUCGGGUACUAGACUGUGGUGCUGCCCCUGGUGCAUGGAGUCAAGUAGCUGUCCAAAAAGUCAAUGCUGCAGGCACAGAUCCCACCUCCCCUGCUGGUUUUGUUCUUGGGGUGGAUCUCCUUCAUGUAUUUCCACUGGAAGGAGCAAUUUUCCUCUGUUCUGCUGAUGUAACUGAUCCAAGGACCUUCAAGAAAAUUCAAGAACAACUUCCUGGUCAGAAAGCCGAUGUGAUUUUGAGUGAUAUGGCACCCAAUGCAACUGGAUUUCGGGAACUUGAUCACCAAAAACUCAUAAAUAUGUGUCUUUCUCUUCUGAACUUUGCUUCAAGUAUAUUACAUCCAGGGGGAACGUUCCUCUGUAAAUUUUGGGAUGGAGGUCAACGACACCUCUUACAAAAUAGGCUGGAGAAAGAAUUCCAGAAUGUGAGGACCAUAAAACCUGUAGCUAGCAGGAAAGAAUCAUCCGAAGUUUACUUUUUGGCAAAAUUAUACCGAGGAAUCAAAGCACCUUCGAAAGAAUGAAAGUUACAUCUUAUUGUUGCUAAUAAGGUUACUGGGGCUUAUAUAAUUUAGAAGAUUGAAUAAGGACUUGGACAGUUGCAGCGUAAAUACUAUGUAUUAUGUAAAUACUAAGCAAAGAAUAAGGCAACAUUUUCUGUUGGGUCACAUAUUUGAAGCUGGAAAUGCCAUUGGGGAUUGUAUGGCUUGACAUCGACUUCUUAUUUUAUAGAUAGGGAAAUUGAAGCCCAUAAAGCUUUACUGAUUUCUUCGAGGUAAGUAGGAGAACUAGAAUUUGAACCUAAUCUUCUGACUCCAAAUUCAUUCCCCUUUCCACUGGUCCCACCUUCUCCUACAACAUUGAUUUGUUUUCUUUAAUUGAAAAACAAAGCACUACUAUUUUAUGUUUGGAUGUUUAUGAAUUCUUGUGUGUGGAUGAGUCUCUGCUAUUGAAGCUAUACUUCAAAAAGUGUAUUUUUUGCUUUAUGAUUUAAAUCUGUAUUCACAUAAUACCACUAAAAUGUGAUAUUAAAGCAAUUUUCAAAAGAAA